AUUAUCUAGAGAGGAAAAGAGGCGCGCACUAGAGCCAGUAGAUAGAAGGGUGCGCCAGCGGUGCUCGAAAAGUGAGACGAACUGGAAGGAAAGUCAACCGCAGCUAGUAAGUAGUAAUCUAUAGAAAAGCUGUUCGAACUCGCUGGUAUCGUUGUUUUGCAGGAAACAGAUGUUCUAAUGAACAAUCGGAGAUGAUUUAAAAGUAUUAUUAUCUUCAAAAAUUAUGCAAAAUAUGCGUGCAUUAAGCAAAAGCGCACUUUAUUUGCGUUGCGUCCUUCGAUCUGAGUUCCAUUCCGUUCGACUUCAUCUUUACCUUCAUCUUUGUGUUUCAUUCACUCCAUCCCUAGUACUCUAUCAAGCACUCAAAAACACACAAAACAAAACAUACAACAUCGUUUCUAGAAUGGUAGUGGUUUAGGUCACAAAAUUUCGAUUUAUAUUUGUACAAAAAAAAACCCCUAGUAGGAUGAAGGACUGUGAGAGCGCGUUGGCGAGUAUAGAGUAGUGCAUCGACCAGACCAGUCCUUAAGUUUAAAUUUCACAAUCCCGGUCCAAUGGCAAAGGAUAAGGACGCGUCCGUUCGUUCAGGUCCCGUUCGUUUGUAAAUCUUUUAGCGUAGCGGCAUCAAUUGUAAAUUAUCGAAGGGCGAAGAGGGCUAUAGUUAGCAACACUUGCUACACACAAACAAUCACACAUACACGCACGCAGACACACUGGCAGGCAAUUCGAAUUUAAUCAUUAUUUAAAGUAUCAUCCGGCAGCUGCGGUGGCUGAAGGUGUCAGCAAGUAACACAAAUCACAUACCAAUUUAUGGAGCGACAGAAUGUGAGACUAAUAAAGUGGAAGAGAGAGAGAGAGUAAUGUAAAAAUUAAAUUCAUUUCGUUGAGCAGGUUGUUUUAUGUUCCCGAUUCAUUCUCUUUUUGAGUAAAGAAAACGGUUAUUUUCCUCCAAGGACUUUUGACAGUUUCGUGGAUGUUUUUGUGUUUUCCAGGCGACAUCUUUUCGGUUGUUUUGUUACACACAUUAUGACGGUGAGUUUUGUACAGAAGGAUAACACGUGCACACGCAAUCACUCA